AUGAACAAGAUUCGCGCCAUUCAAGCGCUCAACAAGAAAGAGAUUGAGCAAGGAAUCUCGACCGGCGCUUCCUGGCACACAGACUAUCGCGACACGGCAUUUGUCUACUUUGGCGGGCUGCCAUAUGAUCUUUCCGAAGGCGACGUCAUCACAAUCUUCUCUCAGUUCGGCGAGCCGGUAUUCCUCAAGCUCGCGCGCGACAAGGAGACUGGCAAGUCCAAAGGCUUCGGAUGGCUCAAGUACGAGGACCAGCGGAGCACCGAUCUAGCCGUCGACAACCUGGGCGGCGCCGAUAUUGGCGGCAGACUCAUCAGCGUCGACCAUGCGCGCUACAAGGCCCGCGAUGACGAGGACCCGGACGAGUUCAAGGUCGCCUGGGAGGACAUGAGGCGCAAGGAGGGGCGGCCCGUUUCCGACAAUGAGAGCAGCGAGGAGGAGGAGAAGGGGGAGGAGGAGAAGCAGCGCCCUCUGCUGCCAGAGGAACAAGAGCUGGCCAAGCUCAUGCGAGACCACGACGAUGACGAUCCGAUGAAGGCAUUCUUCAUCGAGGAGAAGAAGAAAGAGGUUGAUGAGGCGAAACGAAAAGCCGAAAAGAGGGAGAGAAGACUCAAGCACCGAUCACGCGAGAGCGAGCCUUCUCGGGACCACGAGCGGCGGCACAAGGACAGGGACGAUGAUGAUGACGACGCAGACGAACAAAGACAUAGGACCCGAGACGGGCAAAGGGAGAAGCGGCAGCCCGACCGAGGGUUUCCCAAAGAAGUAGGAGUCGUUCGCCGAGACGGCGUGACAACUAGUUGA